AGUGAACAAAGACAGCCUCCCUGUGCAAAUACACAUGCAGGUACAACCAAUGAGAGCCAUCAGACCACAGCAGUGCUCAAAGAGGUGCAGCUGUGUACACUGCCGUUAAAAAAAUGUGAGCUUUAAACAGCCACAUCAGCGUUCAGAUAGAUGGCCAGAUAAACUGGGUGGGCAGGUUUAAAAAGGUGCAGCUUGCGCUUUGAUUGAGACACUCUUCACAGCACAGCGAUCCACCCUCACAGGCACCAUGACCUUCAACGGCCACUGGAAAAUAGAUCGCAGUGAGAACUAUGAGAAGUUCAUGGAAAAAUUGGGGGUUACCAUGGUUAAAAGGAAGGUGGCUGCUGUCGACAACCUCAAGAUAACCAUCGAACAGACCGGAGAAAACUUUCAUAUCAAGGAGAGCAGCACCUUCCGCACGCUGGAACUGGACUUCACCCUCGGGGUCACCUUUGACUACAGCCUUGCAGAUGGAACUGAACUAUCAGGCUCAUGGACAUUCGAAGGAGACAUGAUGAAAGGAAUUUUCUUUAGAAAGGAUAACGGAAAACAACUGACAACGACCAGAGUCGUCCAAGGAAAUGAACUUAUACAGAGCUACAACUACGAGGAUGUGGAUGCAAAGAGGAUUUUCAAGAAAGUAAACUGAACCACAAAACUGUGAAGGAUGUUUAUACCGAAGUGCACUGCUUAUUAAAGCCUGUUUUGAUAUUUGCAGUAAUAAA